AUGUCUGACUCCUGGCUAAACAUCGUGAACUUGUGUCAUUUUCCUCAUUUUAUCUCUUACUACGGACAGGCCUAUCAGAUUGAUCCACGGAAUGUGCAAGCUCUUCUUCUGAAGGGUUGUGUCUUGAAGGACAUGAGCAAGACGCAAGAAGCCCUGUUACACUUCCGAGAAGCAGUACGGAUGGCUCCCUAUAGAUAUGAAGCUCACCAAGGUCUUGUAGAAUGCUACAUCAAGGCCAGGAAGAUCAGAGAAGCCCUCACCACAGCCUCCAAUGCUUGUAAGGUGCUGGGUAACAGUGCACGGUCCCUGACGCUGUUUGCUUCUGUCCUGGCCAAAGACAGCCUCACAGUGGAGAAGGCCAAGACAAUGUUAGAGAAAGCUCUAGCUCAGGAGCCUACCUACCUGGAUGCUGUCUACCUCCUGGCAGAGGUUCUUGGGGAAGAGCAACAGUACACAGCGGCUAUAGAGCUAUUACGUCGUCAGCUGCACCAUCAGAGCACGUGCAAGCUACAUCAAAUGCUGGGGGAGUUCCUAUCAGCAAAUAAUGAGCUACAAGAGGCAUUGGACCAGUACAGCAUUGCCCUGGGGAUGGAUCCAACAAACAAGAAAGUCCUGGAUGGCAUUCAGAAGGUUGAGAAAGUAACGGACAGUAUCGACCGUGGCCAAGAUGACGAUAUGGAAGCACUUGAAGAGAGUGGAGAAGAUGUGGACUUUGAUGCCAGUGAUACGGAAGUAUCCUGGGCUGACAAUGAGUGGUUCAGCUGAUGUAGACUCAACAGCCAGUCAACAACCAGGUGUAAAGGCCAGCCCAAAAACUUUGAAACUUUGCUCCAAAGGUUUUCUUCACAAGACGUGUUGGAGUGGGUUGGAAAAGGAUGAGGUUGCAAGUGUUCCAUUGUCAGAGUUGAAAACAAAAGGUCCCACGGACCCAAAUUCAAGGUUGUGUCAUAAAUAAUAUUUUGUUAUUUGUAAAAUGUGGCCUCGUAGAUGUUGCUGACUUGUAAAUGGACAUUUUGCAUUUCGAUGGCUUGUGUAUUUCAGAGGGGAGUUUUUUAUAGUUCCUACGGUUUGUCUUGAAAUGUUAGGAACAUAGGUAUCUUGAUUGUAGCCAAUUGUGUACUGAAGAAUACUUUGGUAAAAUAUCGCAAGUACGAAGGGCUUACUGCACCACAGUACAUUUAUGAAUUUUGUGCUCAGAUGUAUACCAAAAGAUGUGAAACUCAUCAAUAAUGGAACAACUGGCACGUAGAUCGCUAUUUUUUUAUUGAUGAAUUUAUUUAACCUUGCUUAAUGCUUUUUGUCCGAGUAUUAGCUGGACGCUUGGUGGAUGUUUGAAUGACAUGUGCAUUAAUAUUUAACAAGUAUAAAUAAAUAUCGAUUUAUGAUAACAUUUUACAUCUCA